CGCCGACGUCCACGUUCGCUGCGAUGGACCUCAUACGCCGCUUCGACGAGCUGUGCGAGACGGUGGAUGCAGACACACGACAGGCGUUCCAUCGGUCCGUCGAAGUGCUGAACCGCGCCAUUGAUAUCCUCUCCCUGGACCGCAUGUGUUUCAGCUUUAACGGCGGCAAAGAUUCGACUGUCGUGUUGCAUUUGCUGCGACUGGUGCUGGCGAAGCGGGCGCUGGGAAGCCAACCUGGAGCGUCCGAAGCAGAAUUUGAUGAUGUGUAUCGAUCGUUGCUACAUCAACUUCCUGUGAUGUACUUUGACACACCAGACCAGUUUCCACAAGUCACCGAGUUCAUCCACCAAUGCAUUGAAGUGUAUGGCUUCCAGUGCGAAAUGCAGACGAGCAGCUACGUUCAAGGCAUCGAAUCCAUCAUUUCCAAACGAAAGACGCAAGCGUUCGUCAUGGGGGUGCGCCGGGGCGAUCCCGGCACGGACGACCUUGAACACUUUUCACCGAGCUCGACAGGGUGGCCAGCGUUUUUCAGAGUCAAUCCCAUCUUGCAGUGGCGAUACGACUACGUGUGGCUAUUCCUGCGGUCACUCAAGCUCGAAUACUGCGCAUUGUACGACCAAGGGUACACGUCGUUGGGUAGCGUCCACAACACGGUGCGAAACCCACAGCUCGUGCAUAUCAACGAGAAUGGGGACACCGAGUACUGGCCUGCGUACAGACUCCUAGACAACACGUCCGAACGAUGUGGGCGCUUUUCAACAUGCUAACCAAACGCUGUGCCUUCAUUCGAGAAUUUCUGAUAGUCCUGACACGUAGUAGUGUUCUAGAGGUCGCGCGAAGCUGCCUUCGUCGGCCACGCUGCAUUUCCUUCUUAGUCGUCUAAGUACAGCGUUGAAAAUUGAAA